AUGGCGAGCUCUCGCCGUGUGAAGUGGAAUGAGGACAAUUUGUAUGAAAUUGAGUCAAACAAACCGGUGAGGCAGAAGAUAACAGAGCCAAAGACACCAUAUCACCCUAUGAUAGAUGAUGAUGGGUCACUGUCGCCAACACGUCCUUUCGACAAAUGUCUUGAUGAGACUGUCCAGGCUGAAGCUAUCUUAACAGCCUUAAAUGGUGUGGCUUCUUCAAGCAAUAGCAAUUCAAAGGAUGACGGUUGGGGAUCGUCAGAUGGUGAUACAGAUGCCAUAGAACAAGAUGAUGACCCAGAAGCUGACACAACAAGACUGAGUUUCAAGGAGCAUCGCCGUGCCCACUACGAUGAGUACCACAAGGUUAAGGAACUGAUGAGCACUGGAUCCCUUACUGUUGAGGAGGCCGAUGAGGAUAACAGAGCUGCCACCAACUCCGAACGCAAAGGCGUGGGGAAAAGAGCGUUGAAUGACGACAUAAAGUCCUCACCGCAAACAUGA